GAAUGUUGUACCACCAAAAGAAGAGCUCCGGAAGCCUUAUCAUCAUCAAUUACCUUUAUUGGAACAGCAGUCUACCAUUAGUUCUGCCAAUAUUUUUGCGUUAAACACUAAUAUUGACACGACUCCUUCUUUUAAUGAAUUGGCUACGACUUCUUCCCGACCGAAUGCUAACGAUACCUUGAAUCAAACGAUUUUUCCCCAACCAGAAAAAUCCGAAUUGGCUCGACAUACAAGUACUCUUAAUAUGAUGCUCCUGGGAAAAAAUCACAAUGGCAAUGUAGAAAGACUCUUAGCGUCGUCAAUCACGUCGUAUAACAAUGAUAGCUGUAUCAGUAAAACUAUUGCAGACAAUGACCACUCUAUGUCAACACUCUGCUUUACCCCUAUGUUUCGUGAAAAUGAGUUUCUUUCCACUACUUUUCUUGAAUGUUUGCAACAACAAAACCGAUCUCCAACUGAAGAACCAUUCUUACUUGGAAGUUUUCCUGUCAUAGAAUGCGAAUAUUGUACCCCGGAAUAUGGAUUUCAUCAAGCAAAUUGCUUAAUCUAUGCCAGUUUUAUGAAUUUGCAACAACCUUGAAAAGUGUGAUUAUUUAGAUGUUGCUCUUUUGAUGUUCUUUUCAUAUGCACUAUAUAAUAUGUUUUAUGCUCUAUGACCAGAUCAAAUCGUUUCAGCAAAACCAUUUAUACCCUUCACAAAUAUGCAAUUUUUAUUCUAAUAGCUAUUCUUUAUACUG